GGUACAAAAUUUAAAAUUGGAAUGUCAUCUUGUUUACGGUUGACGCAUUAUAAUCAUUGUAAAUCAUGAACUGCUAAUGUGGUUAGCUCUUUAACCGUUUUAGCACGGCCGCUCGCCCCGCGCGCGGCCGCUGACUGGCAACGUCGCUCGCUCUAGCGACGUUGCCGGCCUUCUAGACACCGCUCUCGGCCCCCGCCAGCAGUCUCGCUAGAGCGCUAUCCACUGUUCAACGUCAUUAUCGAACGCAAUGGAUUCCAAUUCGGAUUCCGGCGAUACGUUCUUUAAACUGGAGCCAGAUUCAGAUAAUGAGAGUUACACGAACUCGAAGGUGGAACCACGUUUGCAAUGGAGUUCUGAGAACACUGUGAAGUUGAUUGACACUAUGGAAAGGGAUUGUAAGGAGUUGUGGGACACAAGGCACCCUAUGAAUAAGGAUAGAGCGGCGCGGCAGGCGAAGCUGCAGUACUUAGCGCUUAUGUUCGGGACGACGGUCGAGGAGAUAAGUAGGAAGAUACACAACUUGAGGACGCAGUUUAACAACGAAUUGCGGAAGAUUAAGCGGCGGCAGUGCGGCGAGGAGCGCGGGGCGGCGGCGAGUGGGUGGGAGUACUUCGAUGCCCUUUGCUUUUUGCGCUUGCCCCCCAACCCCCUCGAUGUGGACGGAGUCAAUCUAGCGCUGGCAGAAUUCCAAGCCGAAGAAGAGAUGGAAUUCGGAGCCGCACUCCGAGCCAAUUCCAUCAAGACCUCCAGCCCUACUGAAGCCCCCAAGCCCACCAGGGUGGCGGCUUCAGCCCCCCCGCCCCUGCCGCCCAGCGCUAACCCCCUCAUGUGGCCGGAGGAGCCGGCGCCCAGGCUGCGACCAGGGAUGGGGGCUGAUGAAUGCCAGAUUUUCGGCGACUUCGUAGCCUCAGAGCUGCGCACGCUCCGCUCAGACGACGCGCGCAAGAAACUCAAGCGCAUUAUACAGAAGGCCAUCCUUCAGAUCGGUGAAGAAGAAGAUGGGAACGGCCCCUAGCGCUGUACGUCUCGCUCGCCCUCGCCCGAUAUGAACGCGUAGCGAACGAGAUAGAUUAGAUGUCCCUAAGCCACUGCGAUAUCUAAAGACUUUCAAAUGUGUUCUAAGAUUUUUUUGUGAUUUGUGAUAUAUAGUUGAAUCUCCAAGCCCAGAGGGCCUAGACACAAACACCAAACGAAAAUAAACGUAUCGGGAUGACAGAUGCUACGAAAAGUCACAUGACUAUUUCCAUACAUUAUGUUGCCUCUGUCGCACUUGUAAAUUCGUACGUAGGUGUGACAGGGAGGCAACACGUUAAACAAAGGGGAGGAUCAGAGGCAUUUUCAUCUAAGGUAAUUUUUUUCAUAAAAUAGGGGAAAUACCUCGUUAAUCUGUUCUUCUAAUAAGUCAAAUUUGAAAUACAUAGGUACAGUCAGCAUCAAAAGUAGCGGAUCAGACUACGCGUCAAAAAAAUCUACCAUUCUCAAACAGCUUAUCAGAAAGAUUAGAACAAUUUAAACUGUAAAAGAUGUUUUUGAUCGCGAACUGCAGAGACUUAUCCGUAUUUGGAAAAGUUAUCCAGCAUGACAGAUAAUUUUAUUGCGUCGUUUCAUCCGCUAUAGCUAUACUAUUGAUACUGACUGUACUUAAGGAUACACCAUUUCAUUUACCAUGACGGGAUUCCACUUAUUGAAACUGCACAAAGAGAACCAUACAAUGUUAAUCUCUUGUUUAACAAUUUCCUUGUGAGCUCUGCUCUUCAAAGCCAGCGUGUGGUCAAUUAAUAACACAAAAGGAUCAAGACUGGAUAGAGUGACAUACAUGUAAGACACGACGCCGCAAAAAAGUUUGCCGGGUAUCUUUUGUUGUCACUGCUUGUAUUUUCACGCCUAAUGACCGUCUCAAGUGGAAUCCCGCCAUGGUAAAUGAAAUGGACUAUACGUUAGAUCAUUAUAUCUUCCAAUGCCGGCUGUACACACUCGUCGAGAGACCCCAUGACAGGUCAAAAACGAGUGUGUACAUACUGCUCUCUUCUCGUCUGGCUCUUACUCGUCUCGUCUCGUCCUUCCCCGAUUGAGUCGGAGCGGUGUCGAUACUCUAGGCGAGAGGCUCUUGACGAGUAUGUACAGCCGGCAUAAAACAAAAUCCCGCGCCGCGGCUGUCUAUCUGUAUGUUCGCGAUAAACUCAAAAACUUCUGAACGGAUUUUCAGGUUGCGGUCAGGUUCAGAUGCGGUUUUCACCUAUACCAUUAGAGUGAUUCUUGAGGAAGGUUUAGGUGUAUAAUUUGUUUAGCCGUGCGAAGCCGAAGCGGGUCGCUAAUUAUAAAUAUAUACUUGUCCUAUUACUUGCCAUAUUCUUCAUUGAGUUACUGUAUACUAUUCAUAAUUUGGUUACAUUUAUAAUGUAAAUAUUUAAGGAAGUAUUAUUGUUUGUGUUAAGAUAUAUUAUACCCACAUUUAGUACCUGUUUAUUAGGUAGGUACAACAUUUUAUUCCUCAGGGCGAAUUUAAACGGCGCGCGAACUUGCAUGCGAGUGUACAAGUUACAUUGCGGAUUAUUGAGGUAACAUUCAAAUCAGCUGACCGAUCAAAUACCGCAAUGUAGUAAAACUCAUGCGAGUUCUCGCAAGAUCUAAUUCAGCCCUUAGGUAAUCCGUGGUUAAGGUAGGUACUCGUAUAACAUCAAGAAUAGCACACUCAAACACUACAUAACUUCUCAUGUUUCAAACUAAAAUAAUAAAUUUCUAAUAUUUAA